CCAAACCCCAAAAACAACCGGACAGGAAUCGGUGGAUUUGCCACCUGCCACUCAUACACUACCCCUGUAACACGGUUAACCCUGUCCUUUUGCUUUUCAAAACCCAGAAAAAAGUUGAAAGGACUGAUUUCAAGUUUGAGCCCAAUUUGUUAACUUGUUACGUCAUCUCGUGUGCGUCGUUAUGUCUCUCGUUUUAAUUGAGUCGGCUCCACCAAUCAAUGUACGCCCACAUAAACUACGACCAAUGUCAAGACUCCAGAGGAAGUGAGAGAGGCGGUUGAAACUCAAAGCAGCGUGCACUACUGCUGGAGCAUGGAAGAGAGUUUGAUAGCAAAAGAGAAACAAGUGCGACCAGAAAGUAAUUCAUCCUCAACAUGUACGUGGGUUGUUUUCAUUGAAGAAGUUAAAAGGCUGGGUUACCUUGCAGGCCCUAUGGUGGCUGUCACCAUAUCGCAGUACCUCUUACAGGUUAUCUCAACUAUGAUGGUGGGUCAUCUGGGUGAGCUUGCUCUUUCAAGCUCUGCCAUAGCCAUAUCUCUCUCUGGCGUUACCGGCUUCAGUCUUCUUCUAGGAAUGGCUUGUGCACUGGAAACACUGUGUGGACAAGCUUAUGGAGCUCAACAAUACCGAAAAGUGGGAACCCAUACAUACACUGCUAUCUUUUGUUUGAUCUUAGUAUGCAUCCCUCUGUCGAUACUAUGGAUCUACAUGGGAAGGCUACUUGUUUUCAUUGGCCAAGAUCCCUUAAUUUCGCAUGAAGCGGGUAAAUUCAUUCUAUGGCUCAUCCCAGCACUAUUUGCCUAUGCAACUUUUCAACCACUAGUUCGUUACUUUCAGACACAAAGUUUGAUCACUCCCAUGCUCAUCUGCUCUUGUGCCAGUCUUUUAAUUCAUAUACCUCUCUGUUGGGCUUUGGUAUUCAAGUCUGAACUAGGAAAUUUAGGAGGAGCAGUAGCAAUUAGUAUCUCAAACUGGUUAAAUGUGAUUUUCCUUGCACUAUACAUGUGGUACUCUCCAACCUGUGCAAAAACUCGUGUCCCAAUUACAAUGGAAUUAUUCCAAGGAAUUAGAGAGUUUUUUGGCUUUGCUAUCCCUUCUGCAGUUAUGGUUUGCCUUGAAUGGUGGUCGUUUGAGCUACUUAUCUUGCUCUCUGGGAUUUUACCAAAUCCAGAGCUGGAAACAUCUGUCCUGUCUGUGUGUCUCAACACCAUCGCAACACUUUAUGCCAUACCAUAUGGACUUGGUGCGGCGGCAAGUACUAGAGUUUCAAAUGAACUAGGGGCAGGGAAUCCCCAAGCAGCGCGUGUAGCUGUGUAUGCUGGGAUGGUUCUUGCAGUUUUAGAAACCCUUGUAGUCAGUGGAACCCUGUUUGCCAGCCGACAUGUUUUCGGAUAUGUUUACAGCAAUGAGAAGGAAGUCGUGGAUUAUGUCACAACCAUGGCUCCUUUGGUUUGUGUGUCUGUUAUUCUUGACAGCUUACAGGGGGUCCUUUCAGGUAUUGCAAGGGGAUGUGGAUGGCAGCACAUAGGAGCUUAUAUCAACCUGGGAGCAUUUUAUCUUUGUGGAAUUCCUGUAGCUGCGACCCUUGCUUUCUGGCUGAAGUUGAGAGGGAUGGGCCUGUGGAUUGGUAUACAGUCCGGUGCUUUUACCCAAACAAUUUUGCUUGCAAUUGUAACAAGUUGCAUAAAUUGGGAAAAUCAGGCAAGUAAAGCAAGGGAAAGGCUAGUUCAAGGAAGCUCUUAAAUAGAGAAAGGAACUAUGUGAGAAAGGAGAAUUAAAUCCCGAGUUAAUGGGAUAGUUUUGUAGGGGUGUAAUCAAUGCAACCAAUUUGAAGAUGUCAACUCAUAGAACAUUACAGCCUCGUCUAAUAAAUGUUAAAGGAUAAUAGUAGUUAAUUUGAGUUUUGUGACAACAUGUGUAGAAGUGUCACCUAUAUUAAAAGAGGGGGAAAGGGGAAACACUCAUGUAAUUCGGAGAAGAUUAGGAAGAAGGCUUCUUAAUUAUGUCUAUGUUUGAACCACCCAAAUCAAAACUCUCAAAAACAUCUUAAAAAUAAAAUUAGCACAAGAACCUUGGCACUUGUUCCAAGGUCACUUUCAUUUUGCUGCA